AUGUCAUAUAAAUAUCCAGAAUAUUAUAGGCCGAUAGAGUUUUAUGAUUUUCUUGAAUCAAAUCAAUUGGCAAUAUUUAAGAAGAUAGAAGACAGUAAAAACGUGUCGGAGCACAAAGUUCAGAGCGUACGUAGAAGGGCAGACGCCACUGCCACCGGCGCGGCUCUGGUGCACGUUAUCCUCAUUGUAUUUCAGCCAUACAAAGUUGAAUUAUCGCCGUCGUCCGUCGGGGGCUUUGCCUUCAUUCACUUCCGGGACCGUCGCGUGUCCUCAUCGAUA